AUGUUGAAUGCCAAUAGAUAUAUUGGAUUUAGAUAUUUGAAAGGGAAUUCUUCAUUAAUCUCUUCUACAAGAUUCUAUAGUACAUCCUUAAAAAGUCAGAUAAAUGAACAUGUAAAUAAUAACAACGAUAUUAAUGAUAAUAAUGAUAGUAAUGAUAAUAGACGUAGAUAUAAUCGUGGUGGAUUCAAUAAACAAAUACUACAAUUAAAUGAACAAUUAUCUCAAAGAUUGAGUCAGUCAAAAAACUUAUCAGAAUCAUAUCAAAUCUUUAACGAUCUGAUAUUGCAUUUUGAAUCUAAAUAUAAUAAAUCACACAUGGUUAACAAUGGACAUUCCAUCUUCAAUAAUACAAGAUAUUUGAAUACAACAUUGACCAGAUUAUUUAAACAAUCUCUAUUACAAGCAGAACCACAGGUUGAUCCAUACCAAUUGCUAAACGAUUACUGCCUCCAUCAUUUGGCUCGUCCUAACCACUUUUUCACACUGAUGAAGCAGUACUUGAUAGAGAAAAGGUAUCAAGACGUUCUAAGUCUGUGGGUUAAAUAUUUGGACUCUUUACCAACUUUCAGGAUCGAUCAAUUUCUCUAUAUCCAUAAAGGGAUCCAAACAUAUACAAUAAUUGCAUAUUUGUCACUGAACAGUACACAAUUUACACCAGAUUUGAAAUAUUUAUUAACUUUUUUAAAUAUUCAAGAUAUCGAUAUUGUGGACCUGUAUGAAAGAAUCAAGCUAUCUAACUUUAUUACUGGCACUGGUGAUAACGCUAAUCAAUUCAUUUGGACCAAUUUCGAUUCUCUUUUAAAACAGUACUUACAUCUCCACUCUAAAGCCUUCCAAAAAAGAAUCAAGGAUUCCAUUAAUGUCUCGGAGCUGGAGUCCAUGUAUAAGAUUUAUGAACGCUAUGUGGCAGGAGACGACACAAAACCUAACGUGGACAUAUUAAUAGCAUUCGUCAAAAGAUUUAUAUCAUUGGAUUCUGCUCCUUUAGCAAUGAGAGUAUUCGAUACUUUUAAAGAAAGAAUGAUUGAUCCUCAAGAAAGACUAUCUCUUAAUAAUCAAUUAUUGUACAUUGUUUCUCGAUUAGGUGGUGGUAGAAACAGUACCACAAAGAGACAAAUGAUUCAAGCUGUUUGGAACACAUAUUUCAAGAUGGAAUAUUUUCAAAAACCAAUUCCAAUCGAGUCCUACUGUUCCCUUUUCGAAUCUCUGACUGAUGCAAAGGAAUUCAAAGUACUUGAAAAUAUAUGGGAUCAUGAAUUACCAGCCAGUGUGAAAUCAGACCAUACAAUCAAGCAAUGCUAUUUAUCGUGUUUCUUGAAGGAUAAAAAACAAGAAAUGACAUAUGAGAAUAUGGUUAAAAGAUUGAAAGAGGAAUCAGUGGUUCAGUAUCCAAAAUUAAUCAAAACCAUAUUAUUAAAUAUUAUAUUGGAUCCCAAGACAAAGAAGGAGCAAUAUAUUGAGGCAUGGGAUAAGUAUAAGCAAGCCAUUGAAAAUAAGAUUGAUUCUGAUUUUGUGGCCAUUGAUAUCUUAUCAAACUACCGUUACUCUAUAAACAAAGAUGACUUCAAUUUUAUGCAAGCUUUGAAUAAUGAUAAACAUAGCCAACAUAAACCAUUAGUCAUUGAAAGUUUUAUUACUAUGAUACCUACUAUUCACCCAAUACGUAAAAUGUAUCAUCAACUAAAGCGAUACGAAAAUGAUCCAAGUAUCAUCAGAAUGUUUAUCGACGCAGAGUUUAAGAAGAAUUCAGGUGAUGUAAAGGUAGCAGACUCCAUAGUUAAGGAUUAUAUUUUUAAUGCUACUUCAGAAUUAAGAGAUUAUACUCAGUUAAAUUUGGAGGAAAAAUUAAAAAUUAAGUUGAUAUUAGAUUGUAUAAUCACCAAUUGUUCACGUAAUAACGCUAAAGAAGAUAUCGAUAUGAUAUUGAAAUAUAUAAUCAUUGCAAAUCAGUGGUCUAUAACAUUACAAAAUUCAACAAUCUAUCAAGUGAUUAGACGUCUGAAGAAACUGAAAGUUACAAAAUUACCAGCUACUACGCAACAAAAUGUGAGAGACUUCUUAAAACUCAUAACGAGUAAAAAAAUUAGAUUCAAAUUGAAUGACGAGGAUAUGAAGAGAUUUAAACAAAUGGGGUUAUUACAAUGA